CGCCGCCGCCGCCGCCGUGCCCCGCGCGCGCGAUCCGACAGCAGUUGCACACUGGAGUGCAUCUUUGGGAAUGGACCAUCCUAAACAUAACAAGGCAAAUGAGGGUCUGACCGGUGACAACCAUGACGACACCUAUGCCGUAACAACAUAUCAACCUCUAGUGAUGGUACAUGGAAACGCCUCAGGCAGUGCUGCCUUUCCAACAGCUUCCGAGGGUGCUCCAGUCUAUCCAGCCAGCAACCCACCGCAGCUUCCAGAGCAGCCGCAGCUUGCAAUCCAGCAAGUCCAGCAGCUCCAGGAGCAGCAGAAGCAGCAGCUCCAGGCCUUCUGGGCCGACCAGAUGACCGAGAUUGAGCAGAUGUCCGAGUUCAAGCUCCCCAAUCUUCCCCUUGCAAGGAUCAAGAGGAUCAUGAAGGCCGACGAGGAUGUCAAGAUGAUCGCGGGCGAGGCGCCGGCUCUCUUUGCCAAGGCCUGUGAGAUGUUCAUCCUGGACCUGACAAUGCGUUCUUGGCAGCAGACCGAGGAGAACAGGAGGAGGACGGUGCAGAGGAAUGACAUCGAGGCUGCAAUCAAGAAGACUGACAUCUUUGAUUUCUUGGUGGACAUCUUUGAUCAUCAGGAGGGUGGCACGGGCUCGCAGGUUGCAUCCAUGAAUGCCAUGGUUUCGCCGUAUGCCCCAGGUGUGGCUUUUCCCUAUGAACUGUAUCCAAACCAGCAUCCCCUCGUACUCAUGUGGCCUCCACAAGAGCAGCACGAGCAGUGGCCCCCACAAGAUUAUCAGCAGCAGCAGCAGCAGCAACAGGAUUCUGGUGGCGGUGGACAAGAUGAAUAGUCUGAGAAGUUGAUAAUCACAUUCUGUGAUUAGUGUCUGUCCUAGUGUGGUUAGCUUGUGUUUGGCUCGAAUUUAUCGUAGACUAUUUUGUGUUUAUUUGGCUGCCUUCUGUUAGCUAUAGCCUAUAGGAGGGUGAUUCGAUCUGAAACUGUUGAUAGCAUUCGUGAUGAGUUCUAAAUGGUUGUGAAUCUUGUUAUAUUACCUCGGUAACAGCUGUUGACAGAACAGAUAUUUCCUAUGGUUAGAAGCUAAUUUUCCUGUUUUAUUUCCAGGUAAUUGUAUUGAUGAAUCAUGCACCACAAAUGAGU